GGCUGUUAGCGUGACAGAGGGAAUUGUAGUCGAUUGUAGAGAAUAUCGAUGUGUGUGGGUUAAGAACUGUGAUUGGGAGAUACUGGAACUAAACUGGGAGAAACUGGAGCAACAAUGGAAGACUGGGGGACUUGCUCAUUCAACAAAUAGAGGAGAGACUUGCAAGAAGGAGCCCUUUAGUCUGCACCUCCCCCACCUAUGAUAAAGAGACUAACUAAGGAGAGAGUGGAUUGGAUCCUACAAGCACAGUUCCUGAGCUGGCUACCCUGGUAAGUGGCCAUGCCAAGUCCCCAGGAUACAAUGCAGUGAUUUUUCACAAGCAGCAAGAAGUUUGCAGUGUUUAAUGGUAACGCUCCAGCCUAUAGGAUGUUACCAGCGGUGAUUCUGAACUUCCCCACCUGACAGCCAAUGCAACAUUCAUCAGUAUCAUCUGCUAUCCCAUCAUGCUCUGCUCGUGUCGCAGCAAGGCCAAGCUCCUAGUUGUGACAUUGCUGCUGUUGACAACUGUCACUUGGCUCUACCUGUCUGUGGGUGACACAGAAUUCGGUUUUUAUCGCACUUGUAAGACUGGUACCUGGUUUGUAUCUCUCUACAGGAGAAAUCCAUUACAUUUGCACCUGAUCACAGAUUCCGUCGCUUAUCAUAUCCUGGGGAAUUUGUUUCACACAUGGAUGGUCCCUUCCUUGAAGAUAAGUUUUUAUAAUGCAAGUGAGCUGAAGCAAGAGGUUUCUUGGAUCCCCAAUAAGCAUUACUCUGGAAUUUAUGGACUACUGAAGCUCACACUUACCAAGGCCCUUCCCUCCAAUCUCACCAAGGUCAUUGUUUUGGACACCGACAUUACAUUUGCCACUGAUAUUGCUGAGCUAUGGUCCAUCUUUCGAAAGUUCACAGGUCAGCAGGUUCUAGGGUUGGUGGAGAAUCAGAGUGACUGGUACCUUGGCAACCUCUGGAAGAACCAUAAACCGUGGCCAGCCCUGGGACGUGGAUUUAAUACUGGGGUGAUCCUGCUGCUCCUGGACAAGUUGCGCUUGAUUGGCUGGGAAGAGAUGUGGCGUCUGACAGCUGAAAGAGAGUUAAUGAGCAUGCUCAGCACAUCUUUAGCAGACCAGGAUAUAUUUAAUGCUGUUAUUAAGGGAUCAUCAUCUCUGGUUUAUCAGCUUCCUUGCUUUUGGAAUGUUCAGCUAUCAGAUCACACGCGUUCCGAGCAAUGUUACAGUGAACUUGCUGACCUCAAGGUGAUUCACUGGAAUUCUCCCCACAAGCUGCGUGUGAAGAACAAGCACGUGGAGCUUUUCCGGACUCUCUAUCUAACGUUUCUGGAGUAUGAUGGGAGUCUGCUGCGCAGAGAGCUGAUUGGCUGCCCAAAUGGUGAACCGCAUGGGGGGCAAGAGGCUGCGCUGGCACAGCUGGAUGAGGAAGAUCCAUGCUAUGACUUCCGUAGAGAGGGUCUAUCAUCUCACCGUGUUCACCUCUCCUUUCUUCCACAUCAGUCGCCACCUCCAGAUCCCUAUGAUGUUACCCUAGUGGCGCAACUCUCCAUGGACAGAUUGCAGAUGCUAGAGCUGAUAUGCAGACACUGGGAGGGUCCGAUGAGCCUGGCGCUGUACCUGUCCGAUGCUGAAGCCCAGCAGUUCUUGCGUUAUGCUCAGGCAUCUGAAGUUCUACAGUCUCGCACCAACGUUGGAUACCAUAUUGUGUACAAGGAAGGACAAUUAUAUCCUGUUAACCUUCUGCGGAAUGUGGCACUUCGCAAUUCACAGACUCCCUAUGUGUUUCUCUCUGACAUCGACUUCCUACCCAUGUACGGAUUGUAUGAAUAUUUGAGGAAAUCCAUAGAGCAGCAGAGCAUAGCAAGUUCUAAAACCGCUCUUAUAGUUCCUGCCUUUGAAACUUUGCGUUAUCGACUGUCCUUUCCAAAAUCCAAAGCAGAACUGCUCUCCAUGCUGGAUAUGGGGGCACUUUACACUUUCAGAUAUCACGUGUGGGAAAAGGGUCAUGCGCCUACUAACUAUGCAAAAUGGAGGACUGCUACUACGCCAUAUAAAGUAGACUGGGCACCAGACUUUGAACCAUAUGUGGUGGUUAGGCGAGACUGCCCUGAGUAUGAUCAGCGCUUCCUGGGCUUUGGCUGGAACAAAGUAUCUCAUAUAAUGGAGCUGGAUGCUCAGGAGUAUGAACUGGUGGUUCUUCCUAAUGCCUUCAUCAUUCACAUGCCUCAUGCUCCCAGCUUUGAUAUCUCAAAGUUCCGCUCCAGCGAAAACUACCGCGUUUGCGUCCAGAUGCUGAAAGACGAAUUUCAUCAGGACAUGUCCAGGCGUUAUGGGUCUGCAGCACUUAAAUACCUUACUGCAGAGAGAAACCGGUGAGCCUAUCUGGGGAUAUGGACCUGCCAAGAAUCGUAUGGACGGACUAUAUAAAGAUGUCGUUCAUACAAAGAGUUUUGUCUCUUGUUGAGUUCAGAAACAUGGCUUCCUUUACUCCCCAAAAAAGUAUGGACAGCUAAAUACGGAUUUACUUAAGAGACCAUAAAAGAGAGCAUCUUGCUUCUUAUGGCGAAUACAUGAGGACCAGACACACGUUGCCUUAGGAACAAUGCAAACGUAUGGAUUUCCUUUAUGACUUUUUUUAAAUCUGGACCUGUAUAAAGAACUGAGACAAUCAAAACAUUUUCCUGUUCACUUUAUAGUGAGUCGCCACCACUGGAUUGAGAUAUUUUGUUUGUUCUCACCCACUUUAAGUGUAAUAUAUUUAAAUUAUUGAAGUCUGAUUUGAAAUGGAUAACAGUCAGGGCAGGAUUCCUGCCUGAUUCUUGGAGAAAAAUAAGAGACCCGUAAUAAAUAUAUAUAUAUGUAUGUAUAUGUAAAUAUAUAUACUGUACUAUAAAUUCAUUUUUAUACACAUAAAGCAAUACAAUACUGACCAGUUUUAGAGCAAAGUGCAUCUCCGAUUUAUAUCUAUUUUUGUUUGUAUACAGACAUCCCACAUAGGGAAUGUUUCCAAGAAGUAUCCUGACAAGUUUUGUACUUCUCAAAUUAAAGCAUUUAUAUAUUUUUA